AAAUUGCGUGUUGAGUUGCAAGCACAAGGAUUCACACGGUCUAUACUUAGCUCUCCUAAACGUCAAAGUCUGCGGCAAGACACGACCUGUUUUAGUGACGUGAUCUAAUUUUAAAACUUUUAACGCAUUUCUUUAAAUUAUUUGAUCGCUGGAGGACUGUGUUUAAAUGUAAGUUUUUAGGAAAAUCAAUUGAAGAACGCGAUUGGGAUGCGUUUUGGUUUUAAAAUAAGAACGGAGGCUGUUAUAGCCCAGUAAUGUUUAAGAAAGUGUGAUAAAAACAAGCGAAACGUCGGACACAUUUUGAGGAAGCGAUUUAUUAAUGCAUCGGUUCAUGGUGAACUGUGAAAAUGGCACUGGGAAUGAUUUCAUUUUUGGCUCUCUGCAUCUUUUAUAUUCAAGUGCCGCAGGGCCAAACUGGAUGUGCUGAAGUGGACUCCACGACGGAGGCUGUGGCUGGAAAAGGCUUUCUGUUGGGUUGUAUUUCCUGCAAAAGGAGAGAAGAAGUGCCUGGUUCUGCUAUUGUUGAUUGGCACUUCAAAGCAGCUGGAACUGAGGAGUUUAUCCAAAUUUUUCAGUAUGAAUAUAAUAACCCCAUCAUUCUUCAUGAAAACUUUGAGGGAAGAUUAGAGUGGCAAGGAACUAUGGGGACAAAGGAUGUGCAAAUUGGUGCCAUCUUUAUUCACAAUGUCACAUAUAAUGACACUGGGACGUACCUCUGUACCUUCCACCGCACGCUGUACCUUCCUCUGUAUGAGGAACAUGUGGUAAUAAAUAAAGAGGUGGAACUCACAGUUGUGGAAAAAGCCAACCCUGAGCUAACGGCUGUGAUCUCCGAGAUCAUGAUGUACGUGUUGAUCGCAGUUCUGCAGUUGUGGAUGAUUGGAGUGCUGAUUUACUGCUAUAGGAAGAUCUACGCUGAGAACGAAGCUUGCGAGGCCAAAAAAGCUGCAUGCUCUCAAAACAAACUCGUUGAGUCGAAAGAUCCUUGUGAUGGCAUUUAUUUGGAAUAACACUAGUUUUGGUUUGUAGGCUUAUUAUUUUCAGUGAAUAUAGACAAGGCUGCUAGUAUAUUUGAUACAUAGUGUUAAAGGAAUAGUUCAUCCUAAAAUGAAAACUUGCUAAAACUUUACUCACGCUC